AAAAUUUUCAUCAACACCACAAUCUAGUUAUCCUAUCCUCUUUUACAGUUCCUCACCCUAAAGAUGGCUGUCCUUAACAUUAUAAAAUUGAUUUUCGUAACGGGAGUUAUCUCCGGGAUCUUCACGGAGUUAACUGCGGGCCAGAAUUGCGGUUGUGCCGCUAAUGAGUGCUGUAGCGAGUUUGGCUUUUGUGGUCCAGCAGGAGAUCCUGCAUACUGUGGCUCGGGAUGUCGAGAGGGUCCUUGCACGCCUCCUACCGACGUUAACGUAGCCGAUAUCGUGACACCAGAGUUUUUUAAUGGAAUCCUUAAUCAAGGCGAUUGCCCAGGUAAGAAUUUCUAUUCGCGUGGCGCUUUUCUUGAUGCGCUCAGUUCAUACGAUCGCUUUGGUCGAGCUGGGACUCAAGAUGACUCGAAACGUGAAAUCGCUGCCUUUUUCGCUCAUGCAUCACAUGAGACUGAAAGGUUCUGUUUCACAGAAGAGAAAGAUGGAGCUACCAAAAAUUACUGUAACGAGACCGACAUACAAUACCCAUGUGCUCCCGGGAAGCUAUACUAUGGUCGAGGACCGUUGCAGUUGACAUGGAAUUACAAUUAUGGACCAGCCGGACAAGAAAAUAACUUUGAUGGUCUAAAUAACCCAGAAAUUGUUGCUAAUGAUCCAGCUGUUUCAUUCAGGACUGCUCUAUGGUAUUGGAUGAGAAGUGUCCAUAAGAUCAUAACUUCAGGCCAAGGUUUCGGUGCGACCAUCCAAGCUAUCAAUGGUGCUCUCGAAUGCGGCAAUCCUGCAGAAUCAGGCAAAGUCGACUCCAGGGUGAACUAUUAUACCAAUUACUGCACCCAACUUGGAGUGGCUCCAGGAGAUAAUCUUAGAUGCUAAGCCCAUUUUGUAAAUGAUCUCAUUAAGAUCAUUUAUUAAGCCCAUGGGUAGUACUGUAAUAGUAAUGAGCUUGGGAUAAAUAUUUAUGAAGAAAUAAUGAGAUGUAUGAAAAUAAACUUGGGGUGUAGCGUGGUUUC